AUGCUACUUGCUGCCAUCAACCCAUACUUCCGAGCCAUGUUCUCUAGCUCCUUCCGAGAGUCGCGGGAAGGGCAGGUUCUCCUGGAGGACAUGGAUCCUGCCAUUUUCCAAACGGUGGUGGACUAUUACUACACAGAGGAGAUCGAGCUCGUGCCGGAGACCGUUCAAGACCUCUAUGUGGCAGCCAGCAGGCUCCAGAUUCUCCCUCUGCUUGAAAGCUGUUCCAGGUUUCUCUUAGAGCGGAUUUCCAGGGAGAACUGCCUCAGACUGUACGAAUUGGGCUACGCGCAUGGUGACGAAGCUCUCUUCCACCAAGCCAAGAACCUGGUUCUCUGGCUAUUCAGACGACUGUCGGUGGAAGACCAAAGCUUUCUCAACUUGAACCCCAGCACGGUGAUCAGCAUCAUCUCCUGGGAUAGCCUGGUUGUCGCUUCUGAACUCGUGGUCUACCGGGCUGUGUGGAGGUGGGUGAAAGCUCAGGGAACAAGCCGUCUCCCAUUGCUUGGGCUGCUGCUAAGUCAUGUCCGCCUCCCGUUGCUGACCCAGGAAGAGCUGAGGGAGGUACAGUCUGAGUUGUCCUGCUGCCAGAACCUCCGUCUGAGGUGGAAGCGCCUCAACUGGCAAGAGAGGCUCCAAGAGAGCAGGGGCUUGAGGCAGGGGAUGUACAGCACCUGCAUCGUGUGUGUAGACCUCUUCAGUAUGGAGGGACCCGAGCUGAAGACCAAGGACUUCCAAGUCGCCUGCUUUGACCCGCAAACGGAGACUUGGGAAAAGCUGCCUCUUUUGAAAUGCCUCUACUGUGCCCGUUGUGUCGCCGUGGAUGAUAAGUUGUAUGUCACAGGAGGAGUCCACACCGACGACACCUAUUCGGAUACUUUGCACGAAUACUGCCCCUUGAGAGGUCGCUGGACUCAGCUCCCAUCUAUGUCCGUGGCCCGGGCAUCCCACGGGUUUCUGGCUUGUGGUCAAAAGCUCUUUGCCAUGGGAGGCUGGUGUAGAUACGAAGAUUACCUCAACACGGCCGAGAGCUUUGACUUGUUGGAGAAGACCUGGACGCCUAUCGCCAGGAUGCCUUUUGCGCUCAGCCACUUUGCCUCCGUGUCUUUCAGGAACAGGCUCUACCUGAUCGGUGGGGUAACGGAUUCCUUGGGCACGUGGUAUGCCUCGCGGAAGAUCCUGAUCUACGAUAUCAGCACGGGCCUGUGGAGCCAAGUUCUCAUGGAUAAAGAAUGCUAUUGGUCUGGCGCGGUAGCCAUGAACAACGGGAUCUAUGUGAUUGGAGGCUACUUCCGGGGCAGAGUGAGGCACCAUAACGAGCGGUGGCCUGACUCGGGAAACUUACACUGCAGCCGGAGGUGCUUCUUCCUGCGGGAAAAUGGGAAGUUGGACAAGGGUGUACAUAUCCCCCGGCUGCCGAUAGACCUGGCAGGUGCUGCCGUGGUGCGCUGGAAGCAGCGGAUCUAUGUCCUGGGAGGAGAGAAUACUUAUUUGUACAAUGAGCUCGAAGGCGAGAAUGAGGAGCAAUAUUACAACACCGUUUACUACUGGGAACUGGGGGCCAACAAGUGGACCCUGUGCAAAGACAGGCUACCUUUUACCAGCUGGGGACUCAGCGGCUUUGGAUGCACAACGAUGAAGGUCCCCAAAAAGCCUAUCCUGGACCUUUUCCGAAAGACGUCGGUGGCCUUGACAGCCAUUGAUGUCGUGAAGCCCUAGCUGCA